AUGAUCAACGUGCAGCCCAGAAUAGUAGACGAGCAGAUGGUAACUUUCACGGUGGGCAGGAGAAUCGAUUCCACGUGGUACAUGACGAAGCUGCAAAAAAGAAAGACCCAAACUAGUAAAAUUCCCAUGGAAAAGGUCAAGCAGAAGGUACCGCAAAAAGAAAAACAUAUAAAUGUCCAGAAGCCUACAAUGAGUGAUAAGUCUUCUGAGUCUAAUAAGGUAGCUACAGAGCAUCAUACUUCUCCCACUUCUGGCCACAAAGUCACGGAUGACGGCAACAUGGGAUCAAAUGGUAGAGGAGGCCAAUGGUUUAAAGAUGGAAUUGAGCAUGCAAACUAUGUAGAGAACGUAAAUAGCGGGGUGAAGCAUGGUAAUGGUAGGAUGCCCUAG